AUGGUCACAAAGCGACGAGCUCCCGGUUCUCGAACAUCUUCACACCGUCCACUAUCGAAACGGCCUCGAAAGAAACAAAGUGCACGAGGAAACGUCGACAUGGCGCCUGCUGGUGCUCCACGGAUUGAAUUGGGGUCACUUGAGCUUUCCAACCUCGUCGAUUCAUAUUCAGCGGAGCGGCCGCAGUAUUUUCAGGUAUCCCUCCAGGGUGUCCACAAUGAGUUCAUGACUGGAAACCGUCUCGAGUCGGGUUAUGGUAUCGUCAAAAAACUCACAACUGUGACAGGUGUAUGGAUGAGACCAACAGCAAGCAUUAGCGACAAUGACCUUCCGAAUUGGCCCAUUACCCAUGACGAAUAUACUGCGGAUUACAGAUACCUGUUCCAAGUUGAUUUUGACAAAGAAAAGAUACCAGCGGUCAUGCUUACCAUACCCGAUCACGCCGUAUAUCCCUGGCUCUUAUCACAACGAUAUCCUUCCUCAGACACCAUAGUCGUGCGGACAGCUUUAGGCAAUAAACCACGCUUCAGUCGAUCUUGCAUCGUUCCCAGGAAGGAUUCGCUAGUGGUCAUCAAGAAAUACUUCGCAUGCUCUCAUUGCGGAGAACCCCUUCGCGCAGACGCAUAUGUCUAUUGCAGUCGAUGCAAUACAGUUACGCAUUGCGCUUGCACCGAGUCUAGCGAUCGACAGCCUUUCGAGUUGCGUAACAACGCGUUCUACGACCUUGACGCUAAGCAAGUACAGUGUCCUACCUGCACCAAAAGCAACGAUUGCGGAGAAUCGUACGUAAAAUCACAGGUUGUCGCCGACAGCACCUCAGGUUCCGUGAUGUACGUUUGUAUGGAUCUAGGCUCUGAGUAUACGAAAGUGAGCGCGGCGUGGGGCAACGAUAAAACACUUACGCCUUCUUUCAAGAAGGUUGCUGGAACGCCCGUCUCUACCGUCUGGGUUGCCAACAACACGAACGACGACAAACCCACAGUGCAUGUAAGCGACGACCGAUACGCACCCACUCGGUUGUUCGAUAACCUCGAGGUUUUCCAACCAAUAAAAACCGUUCUCUUCCAAACGCGUCUGCAGAGCAAGGCGAAGGAGUUGGGAGCAGACAUUACGCAAAUGUUCCAAGUGUUAUUCGAAAACAUACUCGAAAAGCUGGGGCUCGCACACGCGCCUGACUUGCGCAAUUGGGCAAACACUGCAAAUGAAGGAUCUUCACAGACCGAAUUGAGGCUAUCUAUUGCCCUUCCGUCCGGGCUUUCUAUGGCACAGAAACAACCUGUCAGCAAUGCGCUAUAUAAGGCAGGUUUGAUUUUUAUGACUAACCUUCGUGUAAAAGAUCCGACCAUAUCUGUGUCGGUCAUGUUAGAGUCCGAGAUGGCUAUGCUUGGCACGUUCGAAUCAUGCAAGGGGGAGGGUCACGAACCGACAAAGGAGGGGGAUUAUGUGAUAGUCGUUGAUUGUGGGGGUACCUCGAGCGAUGGGUCUGUACACAAGUAUCGCGAAAACAUGAACGGUUGGAACUACGAUUGCUUCAUGCCAAGUAGUUGCGUUUCCGGAACGAUGAAUGAAGUUAUCCAAAUCAUCGAAACGUAUGAAGAGCUAAGCGCAAUGGAUUGGAAACCCAUUACCGAUUGGGUAGUAGGUGCUACCGCAGGUAAGGAGGAUGCGAACAAGAUAUAUGCGGGCCUCGAUAUAGGUAAAGAUUGGAUUCCCAUGCAUAAGGAAAAUGACGACAGAUUCUUCAACUGGGUGUCUAAGUACUGCGAGCAAGCCAAGCAGAUUAUUGGUAACAACGACUGUCCAAAUGUGCGUGUUAUAUUGUCAGGUGGAGCCCUGGUGCAUGGCGACCGUUCCGAACGCUGUAAAGCGAUCUUCGACGAGCACCUGCCGGGCUGCGACAUUAUUAACCAAUCCUUCACAGAUAACACGACAAGUCUCGUGCUCCAAGGACUCGAGAUCCACGCAUGCCAGCGGGAUCAUACAAUCACCAGAUCACCAGUGACGAUGUUGAUCGAAAUUGAUGCAACACUCGAGCAAGAGAGCAAAGCUCGCAAAUAUGUCAUCCUCAUGAACAAGGAUGACCCUUUAGCGGGCAAUGGUUUGAUGCACAAAUCGCAGCUCAGCUCGCGCGAGAUUAUGACGCAUGAGGUCUCUUGGCAAGGAGAAGAAGACUGUGAAAUUGUAUACCAUGCCACCCGCAAGAGGGCCGAAAACUUAUUCAUCUACAACGACCUCCUCGUCACUUCUACAAUACCGAAGGCCGAUCGUUACACCGCCGCGAGAUUGACGCUGUCGAAGCCAAGUGAGAACCCUCAUGAGAACUUGUACGUUGCAUCUUCGCCUAAUCCACAUGGCCGAACUAUCCUCACAGAACUGUAUGUGUUCGACGAACUCGACAUCGAUGUGAUGGCUACUCCACGUCAUUUGCUUCAGAGACGAGCGAAAUUAUAUGCCAGUGAAAUGCAUCCCAUGGAUACACAUGCCACCGACAAGCACACUACAAUAGACCUUGAAGGGGGAGGGGGGCUGCAGGCGCCAGAGAACCGUGCUAGCAGCGUAGCAUGGCAACCAGGUUCAAGCUAG